AUGUUCAAUGGCCAGAUCAAUCUUUUCUUGCCGGUCCCAGUUGUAGGUAACAUUGCCCAUCAGCUCGUUGACAGUAGCCGCAGUCUGAAUUUCCUGAAGGGUCCGCCACUUAGCCUCUCGUACUUGAGCACCACGUUGCGUGCCACUUAUCGUAUUCCUGCUCUGACCGUGGGUUACUCGAGGGAGAGGCGGGGAUCAGUGAUCAGUGGAGAGAGGCCCUAUGAAUGUAAGCAGUGUGGGAAAGCCUUUCUUCAAGCUUCACACCUCACAACACAUAGAAGAAUCCACAGUGGAGAGAGGCCCUAUGAAUGUAAUCAGUGUGGGAAAUCCUUUACUGACCUGUCAAGCCUCAUAACACAUAGAAGAAUCCACAGUGGAGAGAGGCCCUAUGAAUGUAAGCAGUGUGGGAAAGCGUUUCUCAGAGCAUCAUCCCUCAGAACACAUAGAAGAAUCCACAGUGGAGAGAGGUCCUAUGAAUGUAAGGAGUGUGGGAAAGCCUUUAUUGAGUUAGCACACUUCACAAGACAUAGAAGAAUCCACAGUGGAGAGAGGCCCUAUGAAUGUAAGCAGUGUGGGAAAUCCUUUACUCAAAGGUCAACCCUCACAACACAUAGAAGAAUCCAUAGUGGAGAGAGGUCCUAUGAAUGUAAGCAGUGUGGGAAAUCCUUUACUCAAAGGUCCACCCUCACAACACAUAGAAGAAUCCACAGUGGAGAGAGGCCCUAUGAAUGUAAGCAGUGUGGGAAAUCCUUUACUCAACAGUCAAGCCUCACAAAACAUAGAAGAAUCCACAGUGGAGAGAAGCCCUAUGAAAGUAAGGAGUGUGGGAAAGCCUUUCUCCAAGCUUCACACCUCACAACACACAGAAGAAUCCACAGUAGAGAGAGGCCCUAUGAAUGUAAGCAGUGUGGGAAAGCCUUUAUUGAAUUAGGAAACUUCACAAGACAUAGAAGAAUCCACAGUGGAGAAAGGCCCUAUGAAUGUAAGCAGUGUGGGAAAUCCUUUACUCAAGGCUGUCCCUAUUAG